AUGGCUCCCCCUACGCCGUCCUCAUCUCUGAUGCCGGAGAGGAUCCAAAAUCUGAACUACAUCUACAACUGCAAUGACGUCGAGGCUCUGUGGAUGCUUCGAAUGAAAAGAGCACCAUUUGCCAGGCUUGUCGAGACCUUCAGGAGCAGGGGGCUGCUACAAGAUAACAUCAACACCAGUGUGGAAGAGCAAGUAGCCAUGUUCCUCCAUGUUGUUGGCCAUAACCAGAGGUUCAGGGUCAUUCACAACACGUUCAGGAGAUCAAUGGAGACCAUCUCUAGGUACUCCAAGCAGGUGCUUUUUGUUGUUGGGGAGCUUAGAGGAGAGAUGAUCAGGAGACCAUCUGGCCAGACUCCACCCAAGAUUCGCGGAAGCCCAAGAUGGUAUCCAUACUUCAAGGAUUGCAUUGGGGCAAUAGAUGGUACUCAUGUCACUGCCAGAGUUCCUAGGUCACAGUCUGCAGCAUACAGGGGGAGGAAGCACUACACAAGCCAGAAUGUGCUUGCUGUUGUUGACUUUGAUCUCAAGUUCACAUAUGUGUUGGCUGGCUGGGAGGGGUCAGCGCAUGAUGCUAACAUUCUCACUGACAGCAUGAGUCGACCUGAUGGGAUCAACAUCCCCGGCGGCAAGUUCUACCUUGGAGAUGCUGGCUAUGCAUGUCGGCCGGGUAUUCUUCCACCCUUCAGACACUCCAGCCUUAGAGUAACUGUUGAGAGGGCAUUUGGAGCUCUGAAGAAUAGGUUUAAGAUCCUGGAUCAGAAGUCAUUCCACCCAUACUCCACUCAGGUUAAGCUUGUUCUUACUUGUUGCAUUCUGCAUAACUGGAUCCUCCAGUGGGGCUUUGAUGAACACGUGCCUGAGGAGGAAGAGGUUGAGCCUGACAAUGUUGUUAGCUCCGGCCAUGGUGUGGAGACAUUUGACAAUGACGCUUGGAAGAACAAAAGGUUGGAGUGGGCAGAGGCAAUGUGGCUUAAUAGAGGUCAGUGCAGGAUUUGA